GCAUCGUUCCUCGAUCUAGUGCAACAUGACCCAGUGGUUCUUUCCCUUGUACUGGUACUUUCCACCAGCCCUGUCCUUGUCACCCUGCCGGCACUUCUGGCGAAUGUGGUCGACAGCGGCGGCGACAGUGUAGCACGGCGCAUUGUAGGUACCUCCGCACAUCGAGACGGCGCCUCCCUUCCAGCCGGCGAUCUUCUUGCACUUGGAUCCUCCGCCGUUGGUCUGCCUGCAGAUCUUCUUCUUGAAGUUCAUGAUGUCGACGAUCAUGAAGUUGAUCUCGUGCUCGGUGGGCGAGGCCCAGGACGUCUCGCAGAAGAUGUUGCCGGGCAUGAGCGGGUCCUCGGCCAGGCCUGGCAUGGUGCUGUUGAUGUCGUCGGGGACACCGAGGGAGCCGGCGGCCAUGGUCUCGCUGUAGAGAGCCUCGAGGUCGAAAUCGUCGGUCGCCUCCAGAGCGUCAGCGGUAUCGAUAUCGGUGAUGUUGGAGAUGCUCGCGCCAGAGCUGGCGGGAACCGCCGAGACGGCGACGGUCAUCAUCGAGAGGACCAUGACGGUAAUGAGGUUGGUGCGCAUGUUGAUCUUGUUGGGGGUUUUGAUUUUGUGGUGGAAGGGUUUGGUAGGAAAGGGGAGAGGAAGGAUUUGGUGGUUGAGGUAUGUAGG